GCGCGCCCCUGCCACGAAAGCUGUGCUCCCGGUGCCAGCUGCGAGGACACCCUGAGCUUUCUAAAGAGGGCCCCAGCGUCGGUUCCCGUUACCCUGCAUCCCGGGCCCCGCAGCUCCCAGCCCCUCGACAGCAGCGGGCAGCGGGGACGCCCCAGGGACGCGGGACGGCUGCGCCAUGACGGCGGAGAGCGGGCCGCCACCGCCGCCGCCGCCGCAGCCGGAGGCGCUGGCGGCCGUGAAGGAGGAGCGCGGUGAGGCGGGGGCCGGGGUCCCGGCAGAGGCCGCGGGUCGCGGCGCUGGCGGGCGGCGGCGGAAGCGCCCCCUGCAGCGUGGGAAGCCGCCCUACAGCUAUAUUGCGCUCAUUGCCAUGGCCAUCGCGCACGCACCGGAGCGCCGCCUCACGCUGGGCGGCAUCUACAAGUUCAUCACCGAGCGUUUCCCCUUCUACCGCGACAACCCCAAAAAGUGGCAGAACAGCAUCCGCCACAACCUCACACUCAACGACUGCUUCCUCAAGAUCCCGCGCGAGGCCGGCCGCCCGGGCAAGGGCAACUACUGGGCACUCGACCCCAACGCCGAGGACAUGUUCGAGAGCGGCAGCUUCCUGCGCCGCCGCAAGCGCUUCAAGCGCUCUGACCUCUCCACUUACCCGGCUUACAUGCACGACGCGGCCGCCGCUGCUGCCGCUGCCGCCGCCGCCGCCGCUGCCGCCAUCUUCCCGGGCGGGGUGCCCAAUGCGCGCCCGCCUUACCCGGGCGCUGUCUAUGCAGGCUAUGCCCCGCCGUCGCUCGCCGCGCCGCCCCCGGUCUACUACCCGGCUGCGUCCCCAGGCCCGUGCCGCGUCUUCGGCCUGGUGCCUGAGCGGCCGCUCAGCCCAGAACUGGGCCCCGCGCCGUCAGGGCCCUCCGGUUCCUGCGCCUUUGCCUCGGCCGGCGCCUCUGCCACUACCACCGCUUACCAGCCCUCCGGCUGCGCCGUCGCCCGACCUGCCAACACUUCCGCCUAUGCGGCCGCCUAUGCGGGCGCAGACGGCGCGUACUCGCAAGGGGCCGGUAGCGCCCUCUUCGCAGCGGCUGGCCGGUUGGCCGGGCCCGCUUCGCCCCCCGCGGGUGGCAGCGGUGGCGGCGUCGAGACUGCAGUGGACUUUUAUGGGCGCACAUCGCCCGGUCAGUUCGGAGCACUGGGGCCCUGCUACAAUCCUGGUGGGCAGCUCGGAGGGGGCAAUGGAGGCGCCUACCACGCUCGCCAUGCGGCUGCCUAUCCAGGCGGAGCGGAUCGGUUUGUGUCCGCCAUGUGAGCCGAGCAUACAGGCGAAAAUUCAUAGAUACCUCGACUGUCUUUACGAACUAAGUAUUCACGAAACCUGAGGACAGGACUGGAGAGAGGAUCGAGUUGAAAGCCACAUGGGAGGGACCGAGCCGGAGGUUCAGGCGCAUACUCCCGGUGCACCGUGUACACACCGGUUCGCUUUGAAAAUGGGAGGAAGUGGGGAGAGGCAUCCUCGGCCCACGGACUGAGACAAUGGACCCUCACUGAGGCGAAGCUCUAAAGGUCGUGCCUUUCUGACAUUCUACCGGGGAGGGUCCUUGGCUCUAAAGGAGGCACAACAUAGUGUCUACACCAGAGUCUAAGGGAAUUGUGGAGAAUCACAUGACUUCACUCUUCCCCGUACUUACCAAAACCCGGGUCUUUUUACACAGUUCCAUCUCUUGUGCCUUUGACUACGUUAUUACAAUAAAAGGCUCCGAUAGUGUCUUCCUAGUUAAGGUGAGGAGGACAAAUUUGCAAAAGAGGUAACCAUUUUUUUAAUGGGAAAGAUCUCUGCUUCGCUUGACCAGGGGCUGCUUUACCCUGGCUCUGAGUCUGGACGGUGCCCCAGCGCCACAGUGUAACCCAGUUCCAUCACUCACACCCCCAGUUUUCCCAUCUAUAAUACAAGAGGGCUGCAGAAUUCAACCGUCCCCCAUAUGAACUUUAAGGGCCCAUCAUGGUUGUUGCAUAUCUGGCAGCAUGGGUGGGCCACCCAGGGCCUAACCCUAUUCCAAGGAAUGGAAACAGAGCUCAUGGCAAGUAUCUCUGGAUUAGCUCCAGGCACCGGUUAUAUCAUAAUUUCUUGAAUCUUUUGAGCAUGAUGUGCUGAUCACUUGGCAGCUAUUACUGCUGGGUCCUAAGUGCAGUUUUCCAUUGAGGCAGGUAGAAAUACAUUUGUCCAUUGCCCACGCUUUCUUUUCAUCAAGCAGCCUGGGACCCAAUGGGCGAACUAAAAUUCAAAGGGGUGACAGGACUCGAGGGAGCCUGUUGGUGACAGUUUUCAUAUGGUUGGGCUGGCUCUUCCAUCCCUGGUACCCUCUGCCGAACCUUGGCAGCCUCCUCAUGCAAAAAGUAAAGAGAAAAAUUAAUUGGGGCCAUCAGUUAAGUAAGCUUUAGAAAGAAACUGGUGUUUAACUUUGCUUUGUAUCCUUUAUUUGUUUCAAGCAACAAGCUGACCAAAAUCAGAAAGAAAAAAAAAAUCCAACCAUUUCCCCACCUUUCUCUUGAGAAAUCUUGUAAGUUUCGAUUCUGUAGCAAAAGUUUCUAGCAUUAAAUAUUUCAGAGGCUCGGCGUGCAGCUUUCAGAUAAACCUGAGUGUUCAGGUGAACUGUGUUAAUAAAGAUCUUUGAGCAAGUGAGUUCUGACAAGAGAAAUGCAGCCUCUUUCUGCAGAGUUAAUUUGCUAGGGAAG